UACAACAAAUCCAAGAACAAACUACUGUCUUUUGCGGUACAGCCAGUCAAUGAGCCAACGCUCUUUGCCCUGCCUCUAUAAAUAAGCCACAGCCCAAACCAACUCUAGAAACCGACCAAGAAGCACCAGCACACGAGUUCGAGGUAGACAAACGCCUCGAGAGAAAGACAGGGAGAACAUGGCGGCCAUCUCCUCCACCUCCUACUUCUCCUCGCAGCCGCAGCUGCCGGCGUCCGACGGCGCCAACCCUGCCACCGCCAGAAGCAGCAGCAGCAACGGCCGGGAGCCCCGGAGGCGGCGGACCGGCAGGUGCAUCAUGCUGGAAGCAGACGCUGCCUCUGCUAGUGGCAGUGGCGGCGCGGCGGCGGGGAGGACGAGGAGCCUGACGGAGGAGGACCUGGAGGAGCUCAAGGGCUGCCUCGACCUCGGCUUCGGCUUCUCCUACCACCAGAUCCCGGGCCUCUGCGGGACGCUCCCCGGCCUGGAGCUCUGCUACUCCAUGACGCGGAGGUUCCUCGACGAGCAGAGGACUCUGGUCGGGCAGCUGGAGCCUGCUACUGCGGCGGCAGCGCCCAUCCCGGAUUGGAAGAUCUCCGGCCCUGGUGAUGAUCCUGACGAAGUGAAAGCUCGGCUCAAGUAUUGGGCACAGACAGUGGCAUGCACAGUCAAACUCUGCACCUAGUGGAGUGGAGGUCGGGACUAGGGAGUUUGCGAGUUCAUCCCAUGACAUGUGUGCUAAGAUGGGCUCAACUGAAGGUGGCUGAAGCUGAAGAUUCUGCUUACAUGGCUCUAAGAUAUGUUAUACCGAGGAGAUGCUUCGGUUGCGCGCUAUCGGGAUAAUAUAACAGAUCGGUGCUUUCCGAAAACUUCAGAGAGGGAGAUGACUUAUGACACCACAGAACUGCGAGAAAUCUUGAGGCGAUAUGUCGUCUAAGCUUUAAUGAAAGCAUCAGAAGCUUGUCAUUCGUCAUAGGCAAUGGUCACUAGGUGUUCUAAACGUGCAACUCGGAGACCUGCUAGUGCUUUUAAUCUUCCUUGUAAUGGUCAUUAGGAGCUCCAACUGUGUUCUACUGCGCCAAGUUGAGCUUUGCAAAUAUGUCAGUAGGUUGGCUCAA